CGUUCGCAAAUGCUGCAUCAACUGGAUACAAGGGCAAUCUUUACCCCAAUCUUCAUCCAUUGGCGUGUACUCGGUAUCAUCCAUUGGCCAUUUCAAAGGCAUCUACGUUUGGUCUAUGAUAUUCUGCUUAACACAGUCGUCACCGUUUGCUUUCCCCUCCAUCUGAUAGUGGGAAUUAUUUUCAGCACCAAUCAGGAGGAGUUCUUCACAAAUCUGGUCAUGGGUAUUGCAAGCGUUUCUUGUGUCUCCAAACAUUUGUUCUAUCGUUAUCGUAUUCCGGAAAUGCAGAGGAUAAAUGAAGUCUUAGCACAGCUCGACGAUCGCGUGCGCAUCAAUGAGGACUAUGAUUACUACAAGCGUCUAAUUGAGCGACCAUGCAACUUUAUGGUGAACUGCUUCACACGCUGUUACUUUGCAGUCAGCAUAAUGGGUUUGAUUACGGCCUUAGUCACCGGUGAGCUGAUUUAUCCUGCCUUCAUUCCGCUACAAUGGCGGACGUCCGUUUUCAAAUAUGCUUUGAGUCUAUCCUUCCAGUUCAUUGGAGUUACGCUACUAGCUGUGCAGAAUAUAGCAAACGACGCAUAUGGACCGGUUCUACUUUGUAUGCUCUCCGGGCAUGUGCAUCUCCUGUCGAACCGUGUGUCACGCGUUGGUCACGAUAAACCCGACAGUGUGGACGACAAUUAUAAAGAACUCUCGUUGUGUAUUGAAGAUCACAAAUUGUUGAUGAGCACCACAACGGCAGUGGGACGCACUAUCUCCGCUAGCUACCUAGUGCAAUUUGGUGGCGUUGGCAUCAACCUCUGCACUGCGCUAGUUUAUUUGUUAUUCUUCGCCGAUAACUACAUCGCUUACGUAUACUAUUCGAUUCAAAUAACUGCUAUGUUGAUUGAGCUAUUCCCUUGUUGUUACUACGGCAGCAUGUUGGAGUGCGAGUUUCAUGAUUUGUCUUAUGCGAUUUUUAGCUGCAACUGGCCGUCACAACCACGCCCAUUUCGUCGUAAUAUUGUGAAUUUUACAGAGUUGACCCUAAGGGAGGUCGCCUUGUAUGCCGGCGGUAUGGUUCGUAUUAAUCUCGACUCAUUCUUCAGUACUUUGAAAACGGGAUACUCAUUCUUCACCGUUAUACAAACCAUGAAGUAG